GUCUGCACGGGCGCCGGCCCUGGCCCUGCCUCCUGGAGUCCCGGGCCCCGGGCCGUGAGCUCAGCCCCCUCCCCUCCGGGCAUGGGCUGCGCUGGGGCCGGGGCUCCGCCGCUCCAGCGCGCCCGGCUCCCCCCGGCUCCGGCGCGAUGUGAGCGGCCAGCGCCGGAGCCUGCCCCCGCGCGCGCCCCCCCCCGCAGCCGGCGCCAUGGAGAAGCAGAAAGACCUAGACAAGCUCCUUUUGGACCUAGAGUCCUUCCUGAUGAUCCUGGACCGGGAGAACCUCAGCUACAUUGCUCAGGCCAAGAAGAAAUCCAUCGCUGAGCUACUUUCCAGGUUCCAGAGCCCUCCGUCAGAGGACGCAGAGUACAUGAUCAUGCGCUGCAUCUCGCCCUCCUCUGGGAGCAGCGCCUUCCAAACGCCAGCUGACCUGAGCCCGCGCCAUGCAACCUCGUCUCCAGAUCCAAUGGGAAGGGGAGAGUGUGACUCACCCGCUGCCAACGGCCAGUGCUCCCCAGGCGGGACAAACCCAUUGGGCGUCCUGCCCCACCUCCCUAGCCUGCCAGCUGAGGACUCCUACGAGGAGGCAGAGCCCAUCAGCCCCGAGGGACAUAUGAGCCCAGUGGGCGGCGGGGACACGGACAGCAGCCACUACGAGUCGUACGGCGAGGACGAGGACUGCGUGAAGGACCGCGCGCACUACAUCCAGUGGCCACCCGCCACUGGCACCGCCGAGACUCCCGCUCGCCCUGAGGCCCAGCUCUGUGGCUUCCUCUGGAGGAAACGCUGGCUUGGGCAGUGGGCCAAGCAGCUCUUCGUCGUCCGGGAACAUGCCCUGCUGUGCUACAAGUGCGCCAAGGACCUGCAGCCAGUGCUGGAGCUGGACCUGCACGGCUGCCGCGUUGCCUACAAGGCCAAGCGCAGCAAGAAGAUGCAGCAUGUGCUGAAGAUCACGGGGGCGGCGGCAGAGACGCUGGUGAUGGGCUUCCAGAGCCGCCAGCAGGCUGAGGACUGGAGGAAGGUGAUUGAGGAAGUGAGCAGCUCUUCUGUCAGCAGGCCUUCUGCCCACAGCUCCCCAGCACUGCCCAGCUUGGAGCAGGGCAGGAACUCACGCCAGGUGAGAGGUUCCCAGUUUGGCUCUGAUUCAGAUGAGGAGAACUCCCUGGUCAGCCCCGCUGCAGCUGGCUGCAUCCCAGCUGGAGAGCCAAGGAAAGGAGGUUUCCUGGACGUGCUGCUGAACAGCCAGUGGCAGAAGCUGUGGUGCAGGGUGGAGCAGGGCGCCCUGCAGAUGUUCAGAGACCCCAGCUGCACUGAGAGCCCUGAGUACGCUGUGCCACUGGCAGGCAGCAAUGUGACCCCGGGGGCUGACGCGGGCCGACGACAUGACAUCCACAUCAGCCAGCAAGGCAGAGAGGUCGCCGUCCUGCAGACCCACUCGGAUGAAGAGAGGGACAUCUGGCUGAAGAUCCUGCAGGUGGAGAAGGGAGCGGAACCAGCCUCUGUGUAUGAAACCUCAGUCCUUGGAGAUGCCCCCAGCUCCGCGCCUGUGGGGGGCCUGCUGCUGCGGAGAUUCCCGACCCCCAACACCUACAUGGACGACCCCUUCGGGCAGCUCCCGCCGGCGACGCACUCCAGCCCCGUCUACUCCAACGCGGAUAUACUGCACCAGCUGCAGCAGAGCUUGGACAGAGCCGCCCAAGACCAGACGCAGAGACUCCCAUGUGCCCUUCCUGACAGUGCCUUCAGCAACCCCAGGAGCAGAGCUCCGGAGGAGACAGCUGCUCCUCCAACCGGCCCGGGCAAGUCUCUGAACGAGCAGUGGGUAGAGGUGGCCCCAGAGCUGAGGAGCCGGGAUUUUUUCCAGUCCCAGCGAACGCUGACGCAGCCUGAGAGGAAGGGUGCCCCGGACAGCUUGGAUUUCUUAAUUGGUAAGAGGGCCUUCCCCAAGCUGGAGGAGAAGGUAGGGCAGCUGGAAAGAGCAUGUCGGAUGAAAACCAGGCUGAAGGCCGGCUCAGAGAUGAACCUGCUAGCCAUCGGCAAGUCUCUGAAGGGCCACAUAGCCACCGCCACCAACUCAGCAGGCUCCGAGGGUUCCUUCCUAACACCUCUGCUGAAACGCACCACCUCCACCAAGAGCGCCCUGAGGCGAGCACCCUCUGUGGUCAUCAUUGAAAAGGGGAAGGUUCUGCAGAAGAGAAAGGAAUGGGAGAUGAAGUCUGCCAUGUAAUUGGCCCCUUCUACCCACUGAGCGUUCCCAAAGGCAGGAGACAUUGCACUGUACAUAUACAUAUCAGACCAUGCGUCUAUAUAUAUACCGUUCACGCUGCAUGUGGAUCAUGCAGAAUAAACUCUGAAUCUCUCCUUUUUUUUUUUUUUUUUACUGUAGUUAUCAGUGUUACAAUAACUUUUUUUUUAUUUUUUAAACUGACUGGAUUUUUGUAGGUUGUCUGCAAUGGCACUGAAAUGGGGGAAAGGGGACCGGGCUGGGUGGGGCUGGGCUCGCCCCAGCAUUACCGGGUCGGGACUCUUCACAGCAGCAAAUCCAUCUGGUACCAUUUUGUAGGGAGCGAUUCCGCAGUGGCUUGCAACUUCAUUAGUCACCAGCACUCUCCUCCUUGCAGUUGAUGUGACAGAAUGGAGCCGAGAUGGCUUCUUUUUCUGCAUUUACAGAACCUUCCUGCAGCUUCAAUUUGCAUAGGCUGGUGCUUCAGAAGACAGUUCUCUUGAAUGGCUCCUGACACAUGGAAUGAAAGGAUGAGAGCAAACGUGAACAACAGCUUCAACGCUGGAGUCCACCCAUGCUGUUAGACCCUAAAGAAAGUGGAGCUGCAAACAGAAUGCUCUGGACUACCUAGCCAGGUUUCUUGAGUCCUUUGAAGUCUUUCAUGGAUCUUCUCCACUCCUCUUUCUAGCAAACACUUUUCUCCAUAGAGAUAACAGCUCUACUUUUGGUUUCCAGAUAGACACAGACGUUUUACCGUGCAGGGAUGGAAUGAUGCAGCUCUUUGAUAACAUUACAUGCAUUGUGCAGCUGGGCAUGUCUGAAAUCAGAAAAAGAGUGCUUCUAACUGGGUACACUGGCCAUACACCCAGGAGUCUAAAGGGGAGGAGGAGGCUGCCAGGAGGUGUGCAUGCUACCCUGCAGCGCUGCCUCUGGCCAGCUGUUCUUGGGAGCCCGCAUGUUGGGACUGAAAGGGAACAUGAGUGGGGACCGAGAAGUGUGGCAGCUGCUUUUAAAGUGGUCUGCGGUGAUCACAGGUUUUACUAAGAGGAGAGACAAUCAUAUAGCCAUUUAGAGACAGGCAAUUCACUUCUUUUUGAAACAUCAGCAUCCAUUGAGCUAACACCCUAUGGAACAACAGUAGGUGCCAACUGUGGUUUAGUGGAUCGAGCACAGGGCAGGGAGUCAAGAGAGCUGGGUUUUGUCCUCGGCUCUGCCACUCCACAACAUUGGGCAAGUCUCUUCCCCUCUGUGUCCCUCAGCUUCUCCCUCUGUCAGACAGGCCUAAUGACACUGACCCACCUUCAUAAAGCAGUCUGAGAUCUGCUGCAGUCAGCAACAGAGCAAGGGCAAAGUCUGGUUAGUAACUCUCUCCCAAGCCUGAAAUCUCAGAUGCCUAGUGAAUAUUUAAGACUGAGGCAUGGACACAACUUUCAUUACAGCAAGUGGCAUGAGAGUAACUGCAUUGAGAAUAGUGGAAACACAGGAGCGUUGAUUGUAUUUAUCUUUUAAGGAACUCAGUCAGCUUCUAGGUAAUCUGUUGUGAAUAAACUAGUGCCUUGUGUUACAAAUAACACCUUAGGUGAUGAAAAGAAUUUUUCAAAAUAAAGAGAACAUAUCAUUAUUUAUGUUCUUUGGCCAAGACUUGGACAACGGAAAUCAAUUUCACGUCACUUUCAUUAUCUGGUUCUGAUCUGCAAUCAGAGUUGCCUUCCCCUGGGUCUGCCCAGAGCCAUGUUGAAGUCAACAAGGCUGCAAUUGGCCCAGUGUGACAGCCACCCCAACACACCUGGGAUGGAAACAAACACCUCCAGAGCUAAAAGCCUGAGUCACUCCUGCUGGGCUAUAAGAGAUUCCCAUCCUCAGUGGAGCACAAAGAAGAACUCAUACCACACAGUGCCCAGUGGGUUUCACAAGGGCUUGCUCAUGCAGAAUCAGUAACUUACAGAAUCAGGUUAUAAGAACCUGACUGUAAUCUAAAGCAAAACAGACUUUGUUGAUUUCCAUUGCAUAGUGCUGCAAUGUUUGCAUUGGAACUGUUAAAUGUUUAAAAGCAAUUGUUUGCAUUGGAUUUGGUUUUGUAAUUGUAGAAAUAUUUUUUCUAAUGUUCUUGAGUUUUUUAAAAACAUGCUAUUACCAAAUGGAAACUGGGGGGAUCGGGGGAAAGGAAAUGUUAAAGUGACAGUGUGCUUUUGUGUAACUUGUUAAUUCAGAAAGAUGUGAGGGUUAGAUUGUGGGGGUGGGGUGUCAUUUUUGUUUGUUUUUUGCUGGGGUUUUGGGUUGUUUUUAACAAAUUAUCAUGUCAAAUAAAUGUUUCAAACCCCACCUUU